CUGAAAAUAUAGAGAACUUCAAAGGUCCCCAACAAAAGUUUCGUCUCUGUAAAACUAGUCCGUGGUUCAUCUCAGUCGUAUUUUUACCUGUAUGUGACUGUUAUUCUAAAAAUUGAUUGUCACGGGAUUCAGAAAAAUUCUAUUCCUCUUUCAUAGACUGAGUGCCAAUUUUGAGAGAUUUUAUAUUCAAUAUUUGACAAAAUGAUUUUUGAAAGAGUGGGUGUCAACAUCUUUCGUAAUGUUAGACAAUUAGAAUCUCUUUCCAAAACUAACCUUUUUUCAAACUCUUGCAAAGCACCACAAUUUAGUAGAACAUCAACAAGUUUUGCUGGUAUUACUCAAUGUUUAAAUUCUACUGUAACAAAAUGUGGAAGCAAUCGUUUUCUGGCAAAGAUACCGAUAACUACAACUAUUGGCAUGCAACAAAGUCGCAAAGCAACUACACCGGCAGGUGAUCACGUACGUAUGUGGGUAUUAGAAAGAAUUGUAGCAGCAGCACUUCCAAUUGUAAUUCCUGCUGCUUUAUUAACGGAAAGUGCAGUUCUUGAUGGCCUAAUGUCUGUAUUAGUUGUAAUGCAUACACAUUGGGGUUUGGAGGCUAUUAUUAUAGAUUAUGCAAGACCCAGUGUUGUUGGACCAUUACUACCAAAGAUUUUACAUGUAUCACUGUUAUUACUUUCGGCUGCUACACUUGCUGGACUAUUUAUGCUUAUACAUAAUGGACCUGGAGUUGCAAGGGCUAUUAAGGAUGCUUGGGCAAUUGGCAAGGAACCCCCACCUUCUCAAACCUCUACUGCUCAACCUUCGAAAUAAUUGGAUUAAUUUUCAAUAGAUUAUUAAUAUAUUCAUUUAGGACUUUGUAAUUCAUCUUCUUGUAAAGCAUUCAAAAAUAAAUUAUUUGCUUUCAAGUA